AUGUAUAAGAGUGUCCCUGGUGGCACUGGUAGCACUGGUUUUGAAGACAUGAAGGAACCAUGGGCAGAAGCUGAGGCUGGCAUUAUGAGAAGCCAGGAGAGGCGAGGUAUAACCUUAGUAGAAGUGGGCCAGCUUCAAGGAACAUGGAAAUCUGUUUCUUGUGAAAAGUUUGAAAAUUAUAUGAAGGAACUGGGUGAGCCAUUAGGAAGAGCCAGUGGGAAACUGGGCUGUCUGGCAAAACCUCCGGUGACCAUCAGUACAGAUGGCGAUGUGAUCAGCAUCAAAACCAGCAUCUUUAAAAACAAUGAGUGUUCCUUCCUGCUGGGAGAGGAGUUUGAAGAAAUCACACCAGGCGACCUCAAAAACAAGAGUAUAGUGACCUUAGACGAUGACUCCUUGGUUCAAGUUCAGGACUGGGAUGACAAAGAAGCCACCAUCCCCAGAAGGCUGGUCGACGGAUGCAGCUUUGCUGAAAUAGUUUCAUCUUCUAUCUUCCAGGAAAGCACAGCGAAUAACAUCACCUGUAUUCGAUCACAAGAGAGAGUACGAGAACACGCCAUCUCAAGGUCUUGGUACUCUCAAAUCGUGAUCCAAACUACUGACAUUGCUUGGCUAAAACUCCCAACCGUGAUGACAGAUGCUUCUCCAGAAAUAAAGGUAAUAAUUACUAAUGAGGGCUGGCGAGGCAGCUCAGCAGCAAAUGUGAGCAGCUGUGUCACAGCCCUGUGA